CCCAAAUCUACCCCCACACGGCCCUACCUCCUCACCAGCAAACCUGGCAAAUAAUAGCCGGCAACACAACACCCAAACAACCAGGAAAAUCCACACGCCAUCAUGGCCACCACGCGACUCCGCCUCCUACUCCUCAUAUUUACGCUGCUCGCCGGCACCGCCGUCUUCUCCGUCUCCGCUGCCCGCGACGCCACUGACGAGACGGUGGUCGCGGGUCCGGUCAGCGACGUCCCCGACGAGACGGUGGUCGCGGGUCCGGUCGGCGCGGAGCCGAGCGCGUACGAGAUGUUGGAGAAAUUUGGCUUCCCGAAGGGAAUACUCCCGGUGGGCGUCACCGACUACACGCUCCGGCGGUCGGACGGCGCGUUCCAGGUGUUCAUGGACAAGGAUUGUGAGUUCGAGGUGGACGGCGGGUACAAGCUUACCUACAAGCAGACGAUCUCCGGCAGGGUGGCCGGCGGCAGCUUGUGGGACCUCCGGGGCGUCUCGGUGAAGAUCUUCUUCGUCAACUGGGGCAUCGACCAGGUGCUCAUGGCCGACGCCGACCACCUCAUGUUCUACGUCGGCCCGCUCUCCCAGGCCUUCACGUCGGACAACUUCGAGGAGUCCCCGCAGUGCAGGUGCGGCGUCGCGGAUGUUGGCGAGAGCGCCGGCGUCGGCGUGGCGGCGAUGUAGAAUCGGGCAGUUGGUUACGUGAUUGCAUAUACGUACGUGUACGCAACAAACUGUUGGUUAAUUUGGUUUCCGGGAUUGGUGCGUGCAAUUCUUGCACGCGAUGCUGUGAAUUAGUUUAUGUAAGUCGACGGAUGCACAGCACGAUUGGUGUGCGUGCAAUGCGCUGCACACGGAGGAAAAGGACCCCAUCAAAUAGGGUGUCGAUUCUAUUUGCCUUAUUUUUGUGAUUCUUCUUCUUUUUCUUCUUCACAA